GAGUUCACCAACUUCUUCUCAGGGCAGCAGCAGAUUGCCGGCGGCAAGCUGCAGUCUUGGUUGGGAUCUCAGCAGAUGUCUUGGUGCACGCCCUAUGCCUUGUCAAUCAUGGGAGAGCCCAUGGUUAGAAAUUGCCCCUUUGGCAAUGGAAACGGGUAUGGCGAUGGCCGGGCCAUUUCUGUAGGCGAAGUGGUGGUGAAAGGUCAACGCUGGGAAAUGCAGCUGAAGGGCGGUGGCCAGACGCCCUUCUGCCGCGGCGCCGACGGCCGCGCGGUGCUUCGCUCCAGCGUGCGCGAGUUCUUGGCCUCGGAGGCCAUGUACCACCUGGGCGUGGACACCACCCGUGCCUUGUCCCUGGUCGUCUCCGAUGGUGGAGAGAUGGCGGAGCGGCCCUGGUAUUCCGACGGCAACCGCGACCGGGAUCCGGUUGUGAGGUUCUCCGAACUGCAAGAGGAGGUCUUCGCUUUCAAAGCUCUGGGAUUUGUGACCGUGGUGGUUUGGCAGGCAGAAAUUUCGACAACUUCGGCGUGGGAUGAAGAAGGAAUCGAUGUAGAAACCCAGGGCUUCAAGGUGACAACGGAUGGAGCCCUUCGAGAUCUAGAGCGUGAGGUUGAGGACAUGAUGGUCCAUGAACCCUGCGCUAUUACCUGCCGCGUGGCGCCCAGCUUUCUGCGUGUGGGCCACGUGGAUCUCUUUGCACGCCGGGCGACAGCGAGUAGUGCCACCGCGGAGCAGCUCCGGGAGCACGAACUGAUGCUGGAGCACGCCCUGUUCCGCGAAUACCCGGAGUGCAGCGCUUCAGGGUCUUCGUUGCCCGAACGCGCCACAGCCAUGAUGCGGCAGGUCUCCAAGAGGUUCGCACGCUUGAUCUCUGGCUGGUUGCGAGUGGGUUUCUGCCAGGGCAACUUCAACGCAGACAACUGUUUGGUGGGCGGCCGCACCAUGGAUUAUGGACCCUUUGGUUGGAUCGAACGCUACGAUCCCAGCUUCGCCAAAUGGGUGGGGUCAUCCAUGCACUUCGCCUUUGUGAAUCAGCCCCAGGCGGCCUUGGCCAAUUACACCACUCUCGCCAGAUCCAUGCAGCCGGUUUUGACGGUUGAAACGCUACAGGAGCUGGUGCAAGAAGCUCGCGAGGAGAUGAUGCAGUCUGUUGCUGCCAUGUGGCGUUCCAAACUGGGAUUCGAGGAGGAUGACAGCGAGGAGGUUAAGGCGCAGGCAAAUGCCUUGUGGAAACAGUUGGAAUCCCUGAUGCGUUUCUCCGCUGACUUCGUCAUGCUCUUCCGACUCCUCUCGGAUGCGCUUCUCCUGGAGGAGACUGACACUGUGUCCGAGCUUCAGCCCGGUUCCAUGGUGCGUCUCUGCGACCUGAAGUCCGCCGCCGAGCUCAACGGCAGCUACGGCACCUGUCUGAACUUCGUCUCCAGUGGCCGCUGGGCCGUGGCCACUGAGGACGGUGACAAGUCCUUGAAGCCCGAAAAUUUGGAGCCGUUGCAGAGCGGCCAGAGUCUUUUUGCUGCGAUUGCUCCAGCCUUCUACGACGCGCCCAAUGUGGAAGUCAAAGCGAAAUGGAUCGCCUGGCUUCGGCGCUGGAAACGCCUGAGGCUCCCAGGCGUUACGCCGAGCGCGGUGGCGGAGAAGAUGAAGAUGUUAAAUCCCAAGUACGUGCCACGGGAAUGGAUGCUGGUGGAGGCCUACGAUGCUGCGUCCAGAGGUGACUACAGCAUCACCCACAACCUCUUCCAGCUCUUCCGACGGUACGGUUGCCUGGGGCCCUACGAUGAACAGCCGGAGAGUCACGAGAAGUACUUCCGUUGCACACCGCCCAAGUAUCGCGGCAAAGGCGGCGUGGAAAUCAUGACCUGA